AUGCAAGAGGCGGAAGAAGCACUUGAACUAGGCUCAGUGGCUGACUCUGUUGAGUACGGAUCGCCAAAAGAUGAUUUCUCCUAUGUUCUGGGCUGCAACCCGUCAGCUACUAUAUUAUUGCACCCACCAUCGGAGCACAUUGAUCAGUUAUGGCAAGUUUUCAUCAAAAACGUUAAUCCCCUUACGAAAAUAGUGCACGUGCCGAGCUUGCAGCUGGCAAUAGAGAAAGCGAUCAACAACAUCGAGCACAUCCCUAAAGGCUUCGAAGCUCUCAUGUUUACCAUUUAUAGCAUCGCGGUCUUGUCGCUCACUGACGAUGAAUGCAAAGAGAUAUUAAGAGAAACCCGCCCGAUAUUGCUUUCCUAUUACGUGGCGGCUUCAAAGGAAGCUCUAUUUCGAGCAAAGUUCAUGAGUAGUACCAGUAUUGUUGUUUUACAGGCGCUGAUUCUUCAUAUCUUUUCAAUCCGAGACGACUAUGAACCCCGUGCCGUGUGGAGCCUCACUGGAGUCGCUCUCCGUAUUGCAGAAGGCAUGGGUAUGGGCCUUGAUGGCACGUUGCUCGGGUUGUCGCCCUUUGAAAGCGAAAUCCGUCGACGCAUCUGGUGGCAGCUCAGGACGCACGACUUUCGCGCCGCAGAGUUGAGUGGCCAGGCCAAGUUUCGAGACUUUGAAGUCAAUGAGACCACCCCCAAAGCGCCCUCAAAUGUCGACGACAGUGACCUUGAUCCUGGAAUGCCACAAGCAGCUGUCGAAUCAACUAGACCAACAGAAAUGAUAUGGUGUAUGGUCAGGUCGGCAAUGGCUACCUUCGCCGCUGGACAAACGGCAAAAAUUGUCAAAAGACGCGAAGUCGCUUUGACAUCUGAUGAAUAUCCUGCCAUGGACGACCUGAAGCGAAAAGACGACUUUAUCAAGGGAGUUGAAGACAUCCUGGAGACGAAGUAUUUGCGAUUUUGCGAUCCAUCCCAGCCACUACAACUAAUGGCACUAGUUGGUGGUCGGACAGCAACAAACCUUGUCCGCUUCUUGGCCCAUCAUCCACGUAGAUGGGCCUAUCAAGACCAUGUCCCAGCAUCGGAACGGCGAUUUGUUUGGGGCAUCGUCAUCCGCCUCCUGGAGCAGUAUAAUAUGAUGCAGACCAACCCUAAUCUGAGGCGCUUCGCUUGGCAUGUGCCCUACUACAUCCAAUGGCAUGCUGUCAUCCAUGUCUUGGACACACUUCGAACAGACCCUCUCCACGGAGAUGCCCAGAAUGCCUGGCGUCUCAUCGACGCCUUAUUCGAAAACAAUCUCGGGAUGUUGCUGGGCAUGAAUAGGCCGAUCGUGGCCGCGGUGGGAAAUCUUUGCUUAAAAGCCUUCGCUGCUCGCGAGGACGCUUUAAGGAGACAGCAAAGAGUCCCGCAUCGCCCGCCCGAAUACAUAACGAAGCUUCGGGAUCAACGAGAAGCUGCCAAAGCAAGGAGAGAAGAAGCCACGAUGAGAAGCAGGCCGCAAGACCCAUUGAACAGUCAAAUGGAUCCGGGGACGAGCAAUGCCGAAUCAACACCACCAGACGCGAUUCCGCAGUCAAAAGAUACAUUCUUUGUAGCCCAGCCGCAGGGACACCUGCUGUCAAAGCAGCAGGUAAGCGACUUUCAAAGAAAUUCCCGGAGUGAAGACGAUGCGUUCUGGCUCAAUGACACUUUAGAUAAUCGGUCUUCCACAGAUGGAGCGGUCGACAUGAUAAGCCUUUACACUGAUGCCAUUCUAACUCAGGAUUAUUCACUCAACACUCCCAAUGAUGAAGCCAUAGACUGGGAACGAUGGGAUACUUGGUUUGGCCAUCUGGAUCUUCUACGUCCAAAUGCCGUCUCCCAGAGAGGAGCGGCGAAUUAG